UGAUUCAAGCCUUUCUGAAACGUUUCACUGUACUGUUAAUUCCAGGGAACACAUCUUUCUCUUAGUUUGACUGAUGUGUAGGUAGGAGGGUUCAGCGCUGUGAGUUUGGGGAGCAGCAUGUGCCCGCCGCCCACCAGAGGUUCAAAGCUGAGAACUUCCACGUGACGGAAUUUAGCCAUGAGCACAGCAGACCUACGGACUCAGGCAGCUCGCUACAAGAGUUGAGUGUUCAGUCUCUAGUCAACUGCCGUGCUAAAGUUGUUAUCGUUAUGUACAACUUUUCGCUGUUAUCCUGACUUUUAAUCAUCGAAAAGUUUGACCUUUCUUUUGUUUCCCUCUGCCAUCAAUUGAAGUCUCUUCGUGUUGGAAAAGUUUGUGUUUUAUUGUUUUUUUAAAUGGAGCGAAAGAAGCCGGUGAAUCUUUAUUGCUGUUGGACCUUUCUUCUCGCUUCGUGCUGUAGUCUCACUGACUGUUACAAUUUGGAUGUAGACCAUCCGGUUAGUUUCAGUGGCCCAAAUGGAUCUUUAUUUGGAUAUUCUGUGUUGUUACAUAAGAACAAGCAACACACAUGGUUAAUAGUCGGAGCUCCAGUUGCGAAUUCAACAUUCGAUCCAACCCUUAUAAAACCAGGAGCAAUUUAUAAGUGCAACUUCUCAGGCAAUAGAGAAUGUCAGCAAAUAUCAACGGGUGUGGACAGUUGUGGGAAGACUUGCUUCUCUGAAAGUGACAACCAGUGGCUCGGAGUCAGCCUGUCUAGACAGCCUAGUGAUGGCCAUGUAUUGGCAUGUGGGCAUCGUUGGAAGAACGUGUUCUAUUCCAGGAAAGACAACCAGAACAAGCUGCCUCAUGGUGUCUGCUACAGAUACGAAGCUGACCUCAAACAGUCUCAACCACUUAUCCCAUGCUAUAAAGAUCAUCAACGGAAGUUUGGUGAAGACUACGGAUCAUGCCAAGCAGGAAUAUCCAACUUUCUGAAUGAGGACUUGAUAAUAAUGGGAGCCCCUGGGACAUCGUACUGGACUGGGUCUGUUCUGGUCUACAACACCUCCAGUAUGGUCCUGUCUGCCUAUGUGGAUGACGACAGCACUGUACUCUAUGGCAGUUAUCUGGGCUACUCGGUUGGCGCCGGCCACUUCCUUCACCCUGACUCCACAGAGAUCGUUGGAGGUGCACCCCAGCACAGGCAGACUGGUAAAGCCUACCUAUUCAGAGCUGAAGAAAACAUGCUGAAGAUCAUCAGUGAAGUCAAGGGAAGCAAGCUGGGCUCGUAUUUUGGUGCCAGUGUGUGUGCCGUGGACCUGAAUGGAGAUGGCCUGUCUGAUCUACUGGUAGGAGCUCCCAUGUACAGCACCACGAGAGAGGAGGGCCGAGUCCAUGUCUACAUCAACCAAGGAGCUGCUAAUAUGAAGGAAGCAGAGUUUCAGUUGGCUGGAAGCAAAUCGUAUGCUGCAAGAUUUGGGGAGACCAUAACCGAUCUGGGAGAUAUUGAUGACGAUGGCUUUCCUGAUGUGGCGGUGGGGGCUCCGCAGGAGGAAGAGCUGCGUGGGGCUAUAUAUAUCUACAAUGGGAGGAAGACAGGGAUCUCUCAGACCUACUCUCAAAGGAUCACCGGGUCUCUUCUGGGUAAUGAGUUAAAGAUGUUCGGCCAGUCUGUUUCCGGAGGCAUCGAUGUUGACGGAAACGGUUACCAAGACGUUGCGGUAGGGGCCUUCCUCUCAGACUCCGCUGUGGUUCUGAGGACACGUCCGGUGGUAGUGGUUGAGGCCUCCAUGCCCCUUCCUGUCAGUGUGAACCGCUCUGUAGCGCUGUGUUCUGACAACGGUCUUCCUGCUGUCUGCAUCAACGUGACAGUCUGCUUCAGGGUCCGCGCUCGACGCUACAACGGACUCAUAGAACUGCAGUAUAACCUGACAGCCGACACUCACCACAAGGAGUCUUUCCCCUCCCGCUUCCAUUUCCACGGCAACGGGACGUCCAACGUUACGACAGGGCAAGUCAAGGCCAGACACGACCAGCUGACCUGCAUCACCCACCAGGCCUUCAUGAGGAAAGAUGUCCGGGAUAUCUUCACGCCCAUCCAUUUUGAGGCAACGUACGCCCUCAGACAGCACCCUGUCCAUACCUGGGGAUUCAGAAUAUUCCCAGCCCUGAAACCCAUCCUGCAGCAGAGAGGGGGGCACAGCAACCUGGUAGCCAAUAAGACUGAGUUUGCUCGGUACUGUUCAUUGGCCAACUGUUCAACCAAUCUGCAGGUCUCUGCAUACCUGGUCUUACCACAGAAACACAACAACAUACAGUACUUUGCAUUGGGUAAUGGGAAGACCAUCAUGUUGAACACAACCCUGGUGAACGCUGGAGAUGAUGCCUUCCUCCCCAGGCUCCAGUUACGCUUCCCCUCCAACCUGCACUACAUCAAAGUCCUUGAUGCAAAGGAGAAGUAUGUGAGCUGUGACAUUUCAGAGGAGAACAAGACAAUUGUAGGAAUGGACUGUAGUGUUGGGAACCUGUACUUCAGCUCUGGAGCCAAGGUGAACAUCAGCUUUCUGUUGGAUGUAAACCAGAGUAGCAGUGCUGGUGACAUUAGCAUAUCCAUCAACACUUUUGGAGACAAUUCUGAAAAUGAGGAUCUUCUGCAUGACAACUCAGCCACUCUGAUGUUACCGUUGAGAUAUGGCGUGGAUGUCAGUGUCCAUGGGUUUGUGACUCCAACAUCCUUUGUAUUUGGUGACCAGGAACCUACUCCAGUUGAUUGCUACACAGAGACAUUCAACUACACUUACAAGGUUGUCAAUAUCGGUCCAAGCAAAUCUCUCAACACGGAAGUUGAGAUUGAUAUUCCCAAGAUACUAUCACCAUAUCCAUACAGAUUACUCCACAUUGCAGAUUUUCAGACCUCUCUUGGAGAAUGUUCCAUUAAAAACGGCUCCAUCACAGUAGAAGAUGAUUGUGAGGUGCCACGGUCGUCUUUAAUCAAGGAACUGGUCUUCUUCUUCUCCAAAACUAGCAAACGCAAAAUGUUCUGUGCUCACGGAGACGACCUGUGCCUGACUCUGGUGUGUAGACUAGGAGACAUGGACAUUGGGAAAGAAGCCACCAUUCAGAUGGAAGUGAAGCUCAACCCCACUGUUCUACAGCUCACACCGGGUCGUCAUGGAGUGAUGCUGAUAGAGAGUACUGGCAUCAUCACAUCACCAAGGGAGGACCCUCACACCAUCCUAUUACAGCAGACCCCUAUUGCUCAGGUUGUGUUGGAGGCCCACUUCAACCAGAAGCCUCAGGCAGCAGUGGAGGGGUUCAUCAUUGUAGGGAGUCUACUGGUGGGACUCCUGAUCCUGGCCCUGCUCAUCUUCGCCCUCUGGAAGGCUGGUUUCUUCAAGAGGCAGUUUAAGAAAGAGAUCAGGAGGGAUAGCUGGGACUAUGUACCAAAGAGUGAGAAGACUGAGAGUAUAUCCUAAGAGUGUACUAAUACAGAAUGGUUCUAUACGACAACAUGAACUAACUGCUGGGGAACAGCUUCUCUACUAAAAAGGCCCAUUUUGAUUGAGAUCAUCCAAACCCAAGGGAAAGAACUGCAGGACAAUUCAAACAUUUGUGGCUCAAAAUCUAGGAAUCAACAAAAUGCUGUAAUUUCUCUAAAACAUGCCAGAGGAAAAACGUUUGCACUUUAACCUCUGGGCUUGUUGCAGUGAGAGUAUAGAACAUUGGACUGCGUACGUGGAAUGGACUAUGUGACCUCACAAGAACAGGCCUAUCAUUCCUGUUUUUAUUCCCCACCAAGAACUCAGGAUAUGAAGCCGAACAUUCCAUGGUCUUGUUCAAUAGGCAUGAAACAGAAGAAAACGCUCCAAAACAGAGUGUGAAACACGGAGGCACUUUCUGUCUCUGUCCAUUAAUUAAGAACCGCUCAUUUUACGUUGCAAAACAUUCUCCCAUACCUGACUACUUGGAUUCGGUCGCGCAUAUUUAUUGUGUCUGCUGUACAAAAAAUGUAUGAAUGCACUGCUGAAGCUUUUCUCUAUGGAUAGGAAGUCUAUUUGUAUACAAUGAUAUAUACACAUCUAUAUGCCAAAUCUAUCCUCAUUAGGUGUGUAUAUACUGUGUAUAUAGAUAUAUCAAGAGGACCUUUCUUUCGCAUCCUUUUUAAACAACAUUUCCUUUUGUAUCUUCAUGCUAUGGGUAGGGAGGGGAAACAGCCUCAAACGGUCACAAUGUCACACAUUUAUUGUGAAACUAGUGUCACUAGUGAUAAACCAUCAGAUUGAAAGAAGGAACAUUUGCUCUGGUUGAUCUGUGAGACCCAGCGAAAGCCUCUGCCGAGCCGUACAGCCUAAACCCAUGUUUCAUAGAAAUGAAUAGGAGCAUUUCAUACUCUGCAAAAGUUACGUGUCCAGUGUAACAGACCAGUAAGACCAGUACCUGCACAGGUGUUAAUUCUUCAAUUUGUAUUUUUGCUCACCAGCUUAUGGAGUGAAUGGGACAGAAGGUUUAAUUGUUAUAAUAUAGAACUGAAGGUAACAGAAGGAUGAGGAGGUCAGGGAAGUGUCAUCAGUGAAAAAAGGCGUCUGUUCACUGACUCACUCACUGAAUGACACAUACCACUCCUCAAGGGGACAGCACCCUGUGUGUGUGCAUACGUGCGUUUGCGUGUAUGCAUUUUAGUGUGUGUGUGUGUACGACAGCAACUCAUACACCAGCAACUCCUACACCAUGGCAGCAGAAGUUUCCAACACAGUCAGAAAUGAAAAAUGAAAGAGCUUGUUCUUCAGAAAUGACUCAGGCCUAUCAUUCCUGUUUUUAUUCCCCACCAAGAACUCAGGAUAUGAAGCUGAACAUUCCAUGGUCUUGUUCAAUAGGCAAACGUUCCUCAAAUGGAACACACGGAUCAAUGGCCUUACCUUUUGUAAAAUGUUCAUCCCUAUGGAUUGUGUGUUGUUACUGUAGCUGUAAGGGGUUGGAACAUUCAGCUUUUGGAGAGAUGGUAGGCUGCAUGCGGAAGAGUUUUUACUGCUUCAAUUUUCAGGGAGUCAACCUUUCAUGACCAAGUUGUCCGUUUUCACAAAAAUAAAGAGGGCACAUUCCACAUUUCUAUAAAUUGAAAGAUUUUUUUAUUUUUAAUAAAUACGUGUGUGGCGUGUAAAAAUGGACAGAUAACAUUUUGUUUGUCAACACAUUUCACUUUGGUCUGAUAAUUGAUGUAAUCGUGCACUGGAAUGUAUUAUGUUGUCUUUGCUUUAAUAUAAACCAACCUUUUCUAUUUAA